AGGUCAGGGCCGCUGAUGGUGGUAUAGGAAAUAUCUCAAGGUAGCUGGGCGAGUCCCCUCUUCCCCACCUACAUCUUGUCCUCCCCCCCACGCCACCACCACCCUGGCUCCCCUCCCUCAUGACGGCCUGGAUCCUCCUUCCUGUCAGCCUGUCAGCCUUCUCCAUCACUGGCAUAUGGACUGUGUAUGCCAUGGCCAUGAUGAACCACCAUGUGUGCCCCUUGGAGAACUGGUCCUACAAUGAGUCCUGCUCUUCUGACCCUGCUGAGCAAGGCAGCCCCAAUACCUGCUGCACCCUGGAUGAUAUCCCCUUCAUCAGCAAGUGCGGCACACAUCCCCCAGAGAGCUGUCUCUUCAGCCUCAUUGGCAAUGUGGGUGCUUUCAUGGUGGCCCUGAUCUGCUUUCUGCGCUACGGGCAGCUCCUGGAGCAGAACCGGAACUCCCGGAUUAACACCACAGCGCUCAUCACAGGCUGCACCAACGCCGUGAGCCUCAUGAUGGUCGGCAACUUUCAGGUGGAUCAUGCCAAGUCUCUGCACUACGUUGGAACUGGUGUGACCUUCCUUGCGGGGCUGCUCUUUGUAUGCCUGCACUGUGCCCUCUCCUUCCACGGAGCCAUUGCCCCCCUGGACCUGGCUGUGGCCUAUCUGCGAAGUGUGUUGGUUGUCAUCGCCUUUGUCACCCUGAUCCUCAGUGCUGUCUGCUUUUUCCAUGAGAGUUCUCAGCUGCAGCACGGGGCAGCCUUGUUCGAGUGGGUGUUUGUCAUCGACAUCCUCAUUUUCUAUGGUACCUUCAGCUAUGAGUUUGGGGCAAUCUCCUCAGACACACUGGUAGCUGCCCUGCAGCCUGCCCCUGGACGGGCCUGCAAGUCCUCUGGAAGCAACAGCACCUGCACCCACCUCAACUGUGCGCCUGAGAGCAUCGCCAUGAUCUGAGGUCUGGGGAGGGUGGCUGGCCCGACUUUCACAGCACCCCACUCCAUAUCUUCUUUGCAUUUAUUUUGUAUCAAAAAUGAUUUUGAGAAAGUAUUCUGUGGGGAUCUGGGCUUCCUCGCUCUUGGAGAAGUAGCCAUCCCACAUCCACCUGUGCCAUAGAGGGGCAGGCCCUGCCAGCUGCCUUGGCUGCACGACCUGCUCCCCUACCCUGUGGUGGUGUUUUGUGUUAACAGUCACCUGUCCUCACUUGCCCAGCCAGCCCUUCAGGUGCCUUCUACUCCCAGUGCCCGAGCCAGACCACUGGGGUUUCCUGCUGCAGGAAUUGGGGGCUGGGACCAGCAGGGGGGAUAGAGGUCUUGGGGGUGGGGUAAGCAUGCCUUAGUCUAAGGGAUUGCCCCCCUCUGGACCCACUGAGCUGCACUGGGAUUCUUCACUCUGCCCCUCACUUCCUUUAGGGCAAAUAACACAGCAGAACCACAUGGGUAUUUUAGUACUUUUUUUUUAUAUCUAUUAAAAGAAUUCUAAUUUGCA